AUGCUCGCAUCCAGAACAUUGAGAUCCGGCUUGGUGAAGAACGUCAGAGCGUUGUCGUCGACAUCCUCGGCUCUUUCCACCUACCAGCAGCCAGACUUUUCUUCUUACCUCAACAACAGAUCCGAGCAGAAGACUAAGAACUUCACCUACUUCAUGGUGGGCUCUAUGGGAUUGUUGUCUGCCGCCGGUGCUAAGUCCACUGUGGAGGCUUUCCUUUCUUCCAUGUCUGCAUCCGCCGAUGUGUUGGCUAUGGCUAAGGUUGAGGUCAAGUUGGGCGCUAUUCCUGAGGGAUCCAACGUCAUUGUUAAGUGGCAGGGUAAGCCCGUGUUCAUCAGACACAGAACACAAGACGAGAUUGAUGAGGCCAACAAGGUGGACAUUAAGUCUUUGAGAGAUCCUCAGACCGACGAUGACAGAGUCAAGAAGCCUGAGUGGUUGGUUAUGUUGGGUAUCUGCACCCAUUUGGGAUGUGUGCCUAUUGGAGAGGCUGGAGACUUUGGCGGAUGGUUCUGUCCAUGCCACGGUUCGCACUACGACAUUUCUGGAAGAAUCAGAAGGGGCCCAGCCCCAUUGAACUUGGAGAUUCCAGAGUACGAGUUCUCCGAUGAGGACUCGUUGAUGAUUGGUUAG